GCCUCUCAGCCUGCGCGGGAAGGAGGGGCCAAGAGGGCGGGCUCCCUCCUCCGGGGGCCGUCGCAAUAAAAGCGGCCUCCUCCUCCUCCCCCCUUUCUUCUCCCUCGCGUCCUCUCGCAGUGGAGCCUGUGGGGCGGCCUGUGUCGCUGGAGCCGGGGACUGUGGUGGUGGCGGAGCGGCUCCUCUGCUCUCCUGAUGGGGAGCCUGGCGUCGUGGCGGCUGCUGCUGCCGGUGCUGGCGCUGGGGAGCCCCCGGGAGGCCCGCUCGCUGGUCUGGUACACGGCCUGGGUGAGCACCGUCUACACGGAGCCCAGCACCAACCGCACCGUCUGGGGCAGCGCCGAGAGCGGGCGCUACGGGGAAGGGUCGCCCAAAGCCAACGCCCAGGGCCUGGUGGGCAUCCCCCGAGGAGGGGCCCUCAGGGCCAUGGAGGGAUGCGCCCCGGGAGCCGAGUACCAGGUGCCCGGACCCCGGCCCGCCUCCGCCUCCUCCUCCGCCUGGAUCGCCCUGGUGGCCCUGGGCGGCUGCAGCCUCAAGGAGAAGGUGGCCAACGCCGCCAGGAAGAGGGCCGCCGCCGUCGUCGUCUACAACGAGCCCCGCUUCGGGAACUCCACCUUCACCAUGCCCCACUUCGGUACUGGCAAUACAGUUGUAAUUAUGGUUGGGUACCCAAAAGGAAUGGAGAUCUUGGAGCCAGUGCGAAGAGGAAUUCCAGUGAAAAUGACUAUUGGUGUUGGUAAACAACAUGUACAAGAAUAUAUCAGUGGACAGUCAGUUGUGUUCGUAGCAAUUGCAUUUAUCACCAUGAUGAUUAUAUCUUUAGCAUGGCUUAUAUUUUUUUAUAUACAACGCUUCCUCUAUACUGGAUCACAUUAUAGAAACCAGAGCUACAGAGAAGAAACAAUGAAAGCAAUUGGCCACCUAUCACUACAUGUUGUUAAGCCUGAAGAUAAGGGUUUGGAUGUGGAUGCAGAAAAUUGUGCUGUAUGCAUUGAAAACUAUAAACCAAAAGAUACAGUUCGAAUCUUGCCUUGCAAACAUGUCUUCCAUAGGCACUGCAUUGAUCCCUGGUUAUUGGAGCACAGAACAUGUCCUAUGUGUAAACUAGAUGUCAUCAAAGCUCUAGGAUAUUGGGGAGCACCUAAAGAAGUACUUGAAGCUACAGUGCCUGAAUCUGUAAGUGGCAGCAUAUCAGCUGAGAGUUGGAGUAUUGCUAUACAAGAAGAGGGCAGAAAUGAAACAAGUGAAUCAUCAGCAUCUUCUACUGAGCAAUCUGCAGUAAAUAGGAACAGUUUAAAAGAGGAGGCAGGUGAAACAACAGCUUUACUUGAAACAACUUGUAAAGAUAGUCCACGUGAAGAACAACUGCCUUGUGGAAAUGCUUAAUGAAACCUUUACAGACUUGAACUAAGAGCUGAAGACCAUUUUAUUUUUAUUUAAAUGGUAUGGACUAGUAUCUAUAGCCUAAGAAAUGUCUUGCUUUUAUAAUUCUGUUUUUAAAGGGCUGAUAAGUAAGAGUUUUGUACCCUAUACAUACCAUAACCCUGUUCUGAUUUUUAUCAAAGAAUGGGAGCUGCAACAGACUGGAGAGCAGAAGGAAAAUAUCUAAAGAUAUGUUAGCUUUUUAAUGGCACAAGUUGAACUUAUUAUUAUUUUUCUACAGUUCCUUUGUAACUCCUGUAAUUAAGAGUUUGGUUCUUUUGGUUUGUGGGUACAGACACCUGUGUGAAGAGAAUCUGUUUUGUUCUCAAAGACACAGAAAUCUCACUGAAAAGGAACAAAUUGCUAGAGAGCAUUAAAAAGAUCAUUCCUCGAAGAUGCACAAAGAAACAGUUUAACAAUUAAACAUAUUUAUAUUAUAUUACAUGUAGCAUAUAGAUACCACUGGUGGUCUUUUUUUAAAGGUGUGUUGAUUAUGUAGUAUAGACCUCUAAAACAUCAGAACAUUACAAUGGACUUGAAAGCCACAUACUUGCUUUUGCUACAUACUUGUUAAAGAAAAUGAAUGACCCUUAAAUUGCCUACUUUUAAGAAGUUAGUAAUUUACAUUAUCCUGCUCAGUUAGAUAUUCCAUGUAUUUAUGCCUAGAGCAAUGUAAGAGAAAACAUCCACAAUAUCAAUUAUAUGGCAUAUACUUUAAUUUAAACCAAUCUUCGUCCUGCCCUGGUUGCUUCUUCUGAAUAUUGCUCUAUCCAAAUAUGGUAUUGGAAUGUUUGUGAAGUGAACAUUGUUUACCUGUUUCUUAUACUAAGGUUUAUUAGAUGCCUAUUAGAAGAGUGCCCAGGGUAGUAAUUAGUUUAUACUAUCUUGCUCAAUCCGUAGCAUAGUGCCUUUAUGAAACAUUUGAAAAGCACUGAGCCUGAAGUGAAUUAUAUUAAAAUAAGUGUCACUGCACUAGUUAAAUUUUACUUCUUCCUUCAGGCAAUUCCAUAAAAGAAGGUCUAAGGAAAAUGGUGAAUUGUGUAUUUAUAGUUUUAUUAAAUGUCAAAUAUUUUUUUAGGAUUCCAGUGUUAUUAUAAAUGAAUGUAUGGGGUUAUUAAGUUAAAUUUUAUAAAUGUAUAAGAAUAGAUAUUUGUUAAAGUACUUGAAAUGUCUGAGAAAGUAUGCAAUCUGCUAUGUAAAAUGGAGAAGUAUGUUCGAAGAAUGUCCAAGACAAGAUCUUCACAAACAUGGAACAGUUCAAAUAUGAGGUGACAUAUGCUCCUGAUAAGUCUCUUUCCAAAAUAUUCUGAAGAAUUUGCUGCCUUUUUUGAGGGAAGCCGUUUAACUAGCAACAGUGACUUCAGCAAGGUCUGCACCUUAGCAUUUCACAAAGUGGAACAUGUCAUGACUUGCUAUGCCUUCAAGAAAGGAUCUGCUGUUGAAUGGUUGAGCUACUUGCCAUGUCUUCAAUAAGGAUCUGUUGCUGGGCGUUCAGUAAUUCUCCUUUCUCUUUAUCUGUUACAAGAAGUAGAGUUUUACUUGUAGUUGUUUCUAGAAUAUCUUAAUUGGCCUAGUAUCAAGGAGCUGGCUGGUCGUUAUCUUGAUUCAUCUCCAGACCCUUUCUGACAUUUGCAAUGCAGCACCUGCCUUGGAGAAGGCAAUUUGGUACUUCUAACUGUUCAGGGACUUUUCCAUGCAAGCUUGAUUUAGGCACUGACUGGAAAAAUGCAUCUUCCCUGAAGACUUCAGUGUAUGCCCCAAAACAGAAUAAAUUGCCUGGACUGUUGUCUCACAGUAGACAUCAACAUAUUUUCAUAAGUAAACCCUGUGGAUGAGAUUUAAUAUAAAAUGUUUUUAAUGUUCAAAUUUACACGAUCUAAACAAACUUUAAUAAAAGUUACCCAGUUGACUCUG